CAACUACCCAGUCAGUUCGCACGCAUCUCUCUCUAAACAGCUGUUCUUCCUUCAACGUCAAUGGCGGUCAAGAAGAAGAAGAAGCCCUGAAGAAAAAAAAAAAAAAUCUCCAAAACCCUAGAUCAUUCCAUUCCUCUCUCUCACACGCUCCUCCAAUGGCCAAGCUCGAUCCCACCAACACUCGAACCCUGCUCGAACCACUAGCAGAGUUCAAUCUCAACCUCUCUCCCUCCCCAUCCUCUUCCUCCUCCAUCCGAUCCCUCUCCGUCUCCACCCUCUCCGACUCCCAAACCCUGAUCCACGUCGGCACCGACUCCGGCACCCUCCUGUUGCUCUCCCUGAACCCUAAUUCAACUCCCACUCCAACCAACCGACAAACUUCGAAUCAUUUCGGUGGGAGUGUUUCGUUCGUGCGGUACGCGUCGGUGAGCGAAUCAGCGGUGGAGUACGUGCACGCGAUUGAUCAUGUUGGGCAGGUUCUGGUGCUUUCAGGUGGGUUUUUAUUUCUGGUGGACUUGCUUUUACUUCAACCAGUGAGGAAGUUGGGGGUUUCCAAAGCAGUUACAGUCGUUGCCAAAAGGGUUCGGACUGGUAUUUCAGAAAGUUCAGAUUUGGUGGGGGCAGAAUCGUCCGAUUUUUCAAGCACGGGACGGCGGUUCUUAAAGAAAUUAGGUGGUGGUGGAGGUGGUGGGAUUCGAUCGAAUGGUUUGAAACUAAAAGAAUCCGAGCUUCAUAGGGAUGACAGUUGCGUUUUCGCAGUUGUGGCUGGUAGGAGAUUGAUGUUGGUAGAGCUUGUUUUAGGAAAGGAUGGUGGUGAUGGUGGUGGGUCUUUUCUGAUACUUAAAGAAAUUCAAUGCGUUGAUGGUCUUAAGACCAUGGUGUGGCUUGAUGAUUCUAUACUAGUUGGUAGUUCAAGUGGCUACAUUUUGUAUUCUUGUGUUACUGGUCAAGGUGGCUUGAUAUUUUCACUCCCGGAUCCCUCCUCUAGUCCUCCGCGACUUAAAUUGUUGUUGAGAGAGCAAAAGGUGCUGUUGUUGGUUGACAAUGUUGGUGUUAUGGUUAAUGCUCAAGGGCAACCGGUUGGGGGAAGCUUGGUAUUCCGUCGUGCUCCUGAUUCUGUUGGGGAGAUGAGCUCAAGUAUAGCCGUUGUGAGGAAUGGGAAGAUGGAUUUGUAUCACAAAAGAUCAGGCAAAUGCAUUCAAAUGCUUUCUUUUGCUGAGGAAGGAGUUGGUCCUUGUGUUUUAGCCGAUCAAGAUGGGAGUGGACAACUUAUUGUUGUAGCAACACCAUCCAAGGUUGUUUGCUAUGGGAAAGUACCUUCUGAAGAACAAAUUAAGGACCUCUUGCGCAAGAAGAACUUUCAGGAAGCUCUUUCUUUAGUGGAGGAGCUUCAGAGUGAAGGUGAAAUGACAAAGGAAAUGUUGUCCUUUGUGCAUGCCCAAGUGGGGUUUCUCUUGCUGUUUGACUUGCAUUUUGAGGAAGCAGUAAAUCACUUCUUGCUGUCAGAUACCAUGCAGCCAUCUGAAGUAUUCCCGUUUAUAAUGCGAGACCCUAAUCGGUGGUCAUUGCUGGUGCCGAGGAACCGGUAUUGGGGAUUGCAUCCUCCUCCUGCACCCCUUGAAAAUGUUGUAGAUGAUGGAUUGAUGGCUAUUCAAAGAGCUAUUUUUCUUAAGAAAGCAGGGGUGGAGACUACAAUUGAUAAUGAUUUUCUUCUGAGUCCACCAAAUAGAGCUGAUUUACUGGAAUCAGCAAUAGAAAACAUCAUCAGGUAUUUAUGUGUUUCUCGUGAAAAAGAUCUGACUCCUUCCGUGAUGGAAGGAGUUGACACUCUUCUUAUGUACCUCUAUAGAGCCUUAAAUCGGGUAGAAGAUAUGGAGAGGCUUGCAUCGUCUGAGAACAGCUGUGUAGUGGAGGAGUUAGAAACUUUAUUGAAUGAAUCUGGGAAUUUGCGGACGCUUGCUUUCCUCUAUGCAAGUAAAGGGAUAAGCUCUAAGGCUCUUGCUAUAUGGCGUAUCUUGGCAAGAAAUUAUUCAUCUGGCCACUGGAAAGACAUUACUGGGGAAAUAGACUCACUGCAGUCCACCACUAAUGUUAUAUCUGGGAAGGAUAUUGCAGCAAUUGAGGCAUCGAAGAUCCUUGAGAAGUCAUCUGAUCAAGAUUUAAUACUGCAGCAUCUUGGAUGGAUUGCAGAUAUAGACCAAGUACUUGCCAUUCGUGUAUUAACAUCAGAGAGAACUGAUCAGCUUUCACCAGAUCAAGUAAUUGCUGCAAUUGAUCCGAAAAAGGUGGAAAUUCUUCAAAGCUAUUUGCAGUGGUUGAUUGAAGAUCAAGACUCCGAUGACACCCAGUUUCAUACAACAUAUGCACUCUUGCUUGCUAAAUCAGCAAUUGAAAAUUUUGAUACAGAAAAUGCCUCUCAAAAUUAUGUAGCAGGACAUCUAGAGCAGACAACUACGACUGAAAUGGGAAGGAAUUCGAUCUUUCAGAGUCCUAUCAGAGAAAGGUUGCAGAUCUUUUUGCAGUCUUCUGAACUAUAUGAUCCAGAAGAGGUCCUUGACUUGAUUGAAGGAUCAGAUUCCGAGUUAUGGUUGGAAAAGGCUAUACUUUACAAGAAACUUGGCCAAGAAAUUUUGGUGCUCCAAAUCCUCGCGUUAAAGCUGGAGAACAGUGAAGCUGCAGAACAAUAUUGUGCGGAGAUAGGUCGGCCAGAUGCGUAUAUGCAGUUGCUUGAAAUGUAUUUGGAUCCGAAGGAUGGUAAAGAGCCUAUGUUUAAAGCUGCUGUUCGUCUUCUCCAUAAUCAUGGAGAAAACUUGGAUCCCUUACAAGUCCUAGAGAGAUUGUCCCCGGAUAUGCCCCUCCAACUUGCGUCAGAUACAAUUUUACGAAUGUUGAGAGCUCGAUUGCAUCACCAUCGUCAAGGACAAAUAGUGCAUAACCUAUCUCGUGCUACAGACGUCGAUGCGAGUUUGGGAAGGUUAGAAGAAAGGUCACGACAUGUGCAGAUAAACGAAGAGAGCAUCUGUGAUUCUUGUCAUGCCCGUCUCGGGACCAAGCUAUUUGCAAUGUACCCAGAUGAUACCAUCGUUUGUUACAAGUGUUUCCGUCGUCAGGGUGAGUCGAAAUCGAUCACGGGUCGCGACUUCAAGCGAGAUCCCAUGUUUAAACCUGGUUGGCUGGUGACUCGAUGACCCGGAAAAUGAUGUGAUUAACAUAUUGAUGUUGUUCCCUUCAUAGCGGUUGAUCUACUGUUCUACCUUACACCAAGGCCUGGAGUAAUUUCAACUCUAUUUUGUUGGGAAACCGUGGAGCUGCAAAUAUGUAGAUUUAGGUCUUGAAGAAAGUUCUCACAUCCAUGGAAGUUGGUUUUCAUCAAAUCAUGAACAUGUUUGCUUGGGAACUGGUACAGAAGCUGGUUCAGAAUCAGAAAGAAGAACCGAUGGCAGCAGGCCUUUUUGAUGGGGAUAGGAUACAUAAUUUAAGCAUGUUUAUCAGGAUCAAAAGUAGAGAAGAUGUCAAAUUUUGUAAAGACCUUGAUCUUUGCAUGAUAGUUGUCCCUGAUUGGUGCUGUCACGAUUUUGUACCAAUUAGAUAGUUCCAUUCUCUCUGGGGAGCAAAAUGAGAAAGAUGAGAGGAAUUUUUGAUAGUUUGCUGACACUUGUAUUUAGUCAAAAAAAUAAAAACCCAUGAGAGUUUUUUGAAAACA